AGAUGGAGCAGAAUAUAACGCCCGAAUUCGCAACCCAUCCGUCAGUUCCACAGGUCUGAAGUUCAAGUGAGAAUCAAGUCGCUGCUUCGAACCUGUCGAGUACCUAGCUAUCGCCGCAGUCCUCGAUCUUUGAAGCAUCGGAGAAGAGAGAUAGGCCGAGGAGGAGAGAAGAAAGCGAGGACAUCCUGGCCGCGGGGUCCUCGCCCUCGUCGUCUCUGUGCUCGUGUACGUUAGUAAGCUGGUACGUGGGCCAGCCAGCUCCAGUCAUCGCUGCUCUCCGGGCCUGUGUACAGUCGACAAUUACACGGGUUACGUCAUCCCCCGGGUAGUCGCCUCCCGGACUCUCGGUACCCGCGUCUCUCACCUCUCGUCCGCAGCGCGCGUCCGACACGCGAAACCCGGUUCUUCGACGCUCGGCGGCGUUUCUUUUCACGCGAUACAAUUGCCCGCUGGAUCCAUCGUUGAGUUUUUUCUCUCGUUCUUUGAUUCCAUGGAAGCUUUUAUCGAAAUGGAAGGAUCCCACCUCGGAGGCAGAUACGAUAUUCGCAAGGCAAUGGAAGCUGGGAGGAAGAAAAGCGAAAAGCUCGACGUGUCCUUUGGUCAAUACUUUGACCACACUAAACGCUUGUUGAAAUUAUUCCGAAUGUGGGAGUUGGACGCCAGCUCGCCGAAGUGGCAAAGCAUGCUUAUAGUUACAAGCACGGCGAUGUUCCUGACGUGCAACUUCAUGAUAGGAUUUUCGGAGAUGAUGAAACUUCGGACAGCUCCGGAUCUUGCGAAUGCUGUAUCAUGUGCCAGUUCCUUGUGGCUUCACUUGAUCGGAUUCGUCAAGUGGGUCUACUUGGCAUGGAGGGUUCGGGACGUUAUACAGCUCGUUGGACAACUCGAGGAUUGCUACUAUCUCAGCCUGGAAAUUAGCGAAACAGACGAAGACUACUCGCAACUUCAGAAUCAAAUGAAUGCCGCGCGGAAGAGCUCCGUACGAUUCAGUUACGUGUGGAUCAUCGGCGUCACCUACGGGAUCAUUCACUGGUGCCUGAACCCGUUGUUUUUUAAGUGGAGACUGAGCAGAAUAGACGUUAGUUUGGCGAUGAGCGACAGAACUCUGCCGUACAAGAGCUGGAGUCCGUGGGACCUGACUCGGGUCGAAGUCUACGGAUACGUUUACCUGAUCCAAGUUUUGGGCAGCCUUGCUUCCAGCAUCGGGAGCAUCGCGUAUGAUAUAUUCUUCCUGACGUUGGUGAUGAUGAUAUGCGCCCAAUUGAGCUACCUAAAUUAUUCAUUGGUAGACAAGUCGCAUGGCUGUCCAACCACGACGUCUUCGGAGAAAAAAACGCUGACGUUUGCCUUCAUUAGGAAUAAACUAAUCCGUAGCAAGAAUCAUCACGACGCUAUUUUGGCAUUUUUGACAAGCUUGCAAAACAUCACGAGCCCGGUGAUGUUCCUCCAGUGUAUCGGAACCAUCGGCAUACUUUGUUUGGUCUCCUUUGAAGUAAUGACCUUGAAGCUGAAGGGGGAUAUUGCGAACGUGAUAAGAGUUUGGAGUAUGGUAGAAUACAUCGGCUCCUGCUUUGCUCAGCUAUUCUGUUUUUGCUACUACGCCGAUCAGAUGACGACAUUGGGGCUGAAAGUCAGCGAUUCGACUUACAGUUCUGGUUGGGAAUCUAUGACUAUCGAUGAGCAAGACUCUGCAUCGUACAGAAAAUCUAUCGGAUUUCUCGUGCGUGAAAUAAUGGUCAGAGCUCAACGGCACGUUCAAUUAACCGGGGGGCCUUUCUACGUUCUUUCGUUACGAACUUAUCGUGCAGUGGUCAGCGCUGCAUUCUCAUAUUCAGCAGUGCUGCGAGAAGUCGGUGCGGAAUAGUUUCGGAAAAAAGAAAAAAAAAACACAUAAAUCAUAAUCUCCAAGUUUGGAAAGUCUACUAGCGUAUAGAUCACUACAAACCCAAAGUAUAAAUACAGCGUAAUAGACGUAGCGCCAGAUAUCAGUGUGAAUCGAGACUGGCUAUACUGUCAUACAUGCCUCUACUACUGCAGCAGAGCCAGUGACAAACGCCAGGGCGGGUCGAACGUGGCGGCAAUAAGUGGAAGUCGAAAGUGGCUGGUCGGCCCGAGGCCAGCCCAGCGGCAGCAGCGAUCGCAUGGGGCAGAGAUAGAGGGACAAGCGCAAGCGCUCGUUCGUUCGUUACGUUGCUUACGGAACGGCUCCUCGCGUGCCCUGAUAUCCUGGUAAAAAGGCGACGCGCCGCAGAUGACUCGCGCACCCGGUGCGCACUUGGCGUGCGUGAUCACCUGUUUCGACGCACCCGGAUCUGCUCUGGCUUUGCCCUCGGCAUUGAUGCGUCGCGCGUCGGCUCGUUGAGGAACGAUCCAACCUCUAACACCUGGGUAUAUGGCAGACAUCUGAGCGUUUGACGGCGAAAGGGA